UUUUUUUUUUUUUUGGUGGAGAUGAAGGGGUGGGUCUAUGGUACAUCACCUGAGUUGUGGGGUAAAUGUAGAGAGUGUCAAUCAAAGGCAGAGCUCAGAGCUGGGAAGGAGGCUCUAGAUGGCGGCUGUGCCUUAGAGAGAGCGCGCUCAGCUCCCUGCCUUCGCCUCACUUUACGCAACUUUCCCUAACUUUCGGGCAGCCUCAGGGGGCCCCCGCAGCCCCCUGCCUCUCCUAGUGACUUACUGGGGUCGAUUCGAACCUUUUUUAGGGAGAAAAGCAGCUUUUGGGAGCUUUCUUUUCGUGCCUUGUUGGAAAGAAGCAGCCGUACUGAGAGCCCAGGUCGUUGUUUUUUCCAGCUUAGAAGCCAUGGCGCACCUCCAUUUUUGUGCGCUCUCCUAAUGAGGUUUUUUUUCUUCCGGACCCGUUUCAGGAUUAAUUGUUGCUUUAUUUUUUUGAACAGUUAACAUAUUUGAGGAUUAUAUUAUUUAUUUUUUGCUUUUUAGCGGAGAAUUUUGUUUUUAUUUUUAAUUAUUUGGGAUCUGAUAUUUUUCUACUACUAGAUAGGACUCUUGCUUUGGACCUACUACAUGGAUCAGUAAAUACCUGGGCACAGGACUUCAAAGCAAACACAGAUUCCCCCUCCCCCUUAAUAUUUAAGACUUAAAAGAUGAUGAGAAAUAAGGACAAAAGCCAAGAGGAGGACAGUUCGCUACACAGCAAUGCAUCGAGUCAUUCAGCAUCUGAAGAAGCUUCGGGUUCAGACUCAGGCAGCCAGUCGGAGAGUGAGCAGGGCAGCGAUCCAGGAAGUGGCCAUGGCAGUGAGUCAAAUAGUAGUUCUGAAUCUUCGGAGAGUCAGUCGGAAUCUGAGAGUGAAUCGGCAGGUUCCAAGUCCCAGCCAGUUCUUCCAGAAGCCAAAGAGAAACCAGCCUCUAAGAAGGAACGGAUAGCUGAUGUGAAGAAGAUGUGGGAAGAAUAUCCUGAUGUUUAUGGGGUUAGGCGGUCAAACCGAAGCAGACAAGAACCAUCACGAUUUAAUAUUAAGGAGGAGGCAAGUAGCGGGUCUGAGAGUGGGAGCCCAAAGAGAAGAGGCCAGAGGCAGCUGAAAAAACAAGAAAAAUGGAAACGGGAGCUCUCGGAAGAUGAACAGGAACAAGGCUCCAGUGCAGAGAGCGAACCAGAGCAGACAGUGAAAGCCAGAAGACCUGUCCCCAGAAGAACAGUGCCCAAACCUCGUGUUAAAAAGCAACCUAAGACUCAGCGUGGAAAGAGGAAAAAGCAAGACUCUUCUGAUGAUGAGGAUGAAGAUGAUGAAGCUCCCAAAAGGCAGACGCGCCGCAGAGCAGCUAAAAAUGUGAGUUAUAAAGAAGACGAUGACUUUGAGACUGACUCAGAUGACCUCAUUGAAAUGACUGGAGAAGGAGUUGAUGAACAGCAGGAUAAUAGUGAAACUAUUGAAAAGGUCUUAGAUUCAAGGCUGGGAAAGAAAGGAGCCACUGGAGCUUCUACCACUGUGUAUGCAGUCGAAGCUAAUGGAGACCCUAGCAGCGACUUUGACCCUGAAAAGGAUGAAGGCGAAGUCCAGUACCUCAUCAAGUGGAAGGGCUGGUCAUAUAUCCACAGCACAUGGGAGAGUGAAGAGUCCUUACAGCAACAAAAAGUGAAGGGUCUAAAAAAACUAGAGAACUUCAAGAAGAAAGAGGAUGAAAUCAAGCAGUGGUUAGGGAAGGUUUCUCCUGAAGAUGUGGAAUAUUUCAACUGCCAACAAGAGCUGGCCUCGGAGCUGAACAAACAGUAUCAGAUCGUAGAAAGAGUAAUAGCUGUGAAGACAAGCAAAUCUACACUGGGUCAAACAGACUUUCCAGCUCACAGCCGGAAGCCGGCCCCUUCCAACGAACCUGAGUAUCUAUGCAAGUGGAUGGGACUGCCCUAUUCAGAGUGCAGCUGGGAAGACGAAGCCCUGAUCGGAAAGAAAUUCCAGAGCUGCAUCGACAGCUUCCACAGUCGCAACAAUUCAAAAACCAUCCCCACAAGAGAAUGCAAGGCCCUGAAGCAGAGACCACGAUUUGUGGCUUUAAAGAAACAGCCGGCAUAUUUAGGAGGAGAGAAUCUGGAGCUCCGAGAUUAUCAGCUGGAAGGUCUCAACUGGCUUGCUCAUUCCUGGUGCAAAAGUAACAGUGUAAUCCUUGCUGAUGAAAUGGGCCUAGGAAAGACCAUCCAGACCAUAUCAUUCCUCUCCUACCUGUUCCACCAACACCAGCUGUAUGGCCCCUUUCUUAUAGUCGUCCCUUUAUCCACCCUCACCUCAUGGCAGAGGGAGUUUGAAAUCUGGGCACCAGAGAUUAACGUAGUGGUUUACAUAGGUGACCUGAUGAGCAGAAAUACGAUACGAGAAUAUGAAUGGAUUCACUCUCAGACCAAAAGGCUAAAGUUCAAUGCGCUUAUAACAACAUAUGAGAUCCUCUUAAAAGAUAAGACUGUGCUGGGCAGUAUUAACUGGGCCUUUCUGGGAGUGGAUGAAGCCCAUCGGUUGAAGAAUGAUGACUCUUUAUUGUAUAAAACUCUGAUUGAUUUCAAGUCCAACCAUAGGCUCCUGAUUACGGGGACCCCUCUUCAGAAUUCCCUCAAAGAGCUCUGGUCCUUGCUGCACUUUAUUAUGCCGGAGAAGUUUGAGUUCUGGGAAGAUUUUGAAGAAGACCAUGGGAAAGGGAGAGAGAAUGGCUAUCAGAGUCUUCAUAAGGUGCUAGAGCCUUUCCUUCUCCGGAGAGUGAAGAAAGAUGUGGAGAAAUCUCUUCCUGCCAAAGUGGAACAGAUUCUCAGAGUAGAGAUGUCAGCCCUUCAGAAACAGUAUUACAAAUGGAUUCUGACCAGGAAUUACAAGGCUCUCGCCAAAGGAACGAGAGGCAGCACAUCUGGCUUCCUUAAUAUUGUGAUGGAACUGAAGAAGUGCUGCAACCACUGCCACCUGAUUAAACCCCCUGAGGAAAAUGAAAGGGAAAAUGGACAGGAAGUUCUUCUGUCCCUGAUCAGGAGCAGUGGGAAGCUGAUUCUGUUAGAUAAACUGUUGACAAGACUUCGAGAAAGAGGAAACAGAGUCCUUAUCUUCUCUCAGAUGGUGAGGAUGUUGGAUAUCCUGGCUGAGUACCUGACUAUUAAGCACUACCCUUUCCAGCGUCUGGAUGGUUCCAUCAAGGGAGAAAUCCGAAAACAGGCGCUGGACCACUUCAACGCAGAUGGGUCUGAGGACUUCUGUUUCCUGCUCUCGACAAGGGCUGGUGGCCUGGGAAUCAAUUUGGCUUCAGCGGACACAGUUGUCAUCUUUGACUCUGACUGGAACCCCCAGAACGACUUGCAGGCACAAGCCCGAGCCCACAGAAUUGGUCAGAAGAAGCAGGUAAAUAUUUACCGCUUGGUUACAAAGGGGACCGUGGAGGAAGAGAUCAUAGAACGGGCCAAAAAGAAGAUGGUAUUGGACCACCUGGUGAUUCAGCGCAUGGAUACCACUGGCCGAACGGUUCUGGAAAACAACUCUGGGAGGUCCAAUUCAAAUCCUUUUAAUAAAGAAGAGCUGACAGCGAUUUUGAAAUUUGGAGCAGAGGAUCUCUUCAAAGAGCUUGAAGGGGAAGAAUCAGAGCCUCAGGAAAUGGAUAUAGAUGAAAUUUUGCGCUUGGCUGAAACCAGAGAGAAUGAAGUCUCAACAAGUGCAACAGAUGAACUUCUGUCACAAUUUAAGGUUGCCAACUUUGCAACAAUGGAGGAUGAAGAAGAGCUUGACGAGCGUCCUCACAAGGACUGGGAUGAGAUCAUCCCAGAGGAGCAAAGGAAGAAAGUGGAGGAAGAAGAGCGACAGAAGGAGCUGGAAGAGAUUUACAUGUUGCCUCGAAUUCGGAGUUCCACUAAAAAGGCUCAGACAAAUGACAGUGACUCUGAUACUGAGUCCAAGAGACAGGCCCAGAGGUCCUCUGCCUCUGAGAGUGAGACGGAUGACUCUGAUGACGACAAGAAGCCCAAGCGCAGAGGGCGUCCCCGAAGUGUGCGGAAGGACCUGGUGGAGGGGUUCACAGACGCCGAGAUCCGGAGGUUCAUCAAGGCGUAUAAGAAGUUUGGUCUCCCUCUUGAACGGCUGGAGUGCAUAGCACGUGAUGCUGAGCUGGUAGAUAAGUCUGUGGCGGAUCUGAAGCGCUUGGGGGAACUGAUUCACAACAGCUGUGUGUCAGCAAUGCAGGAAUAUGAAGAGCAGCUGAAAGAAAAUGCCAGCGAGGGGAAAGGACCAGGGAAAAAGAGAGGCCCAACUAUCAAGAUAUCUGGGGUUCAGGUUAAUGUGAAAUCUAUUAUCCAACAUGAAGAAGAGUUUGAGAUGCUGCAUAAAUCUAUCCCUGUAGACCCUGAAGAAAAAAAAAAAUAUUGCUUAUCCUGUCGUGUCAAAGCUGCACAUUUUGAUGUUGAGUGGGGAGUAGAGGACGACUCUCGUCUAUUGCUGGGAAUUUAUGAACAUGGCUAUGGAAACUGGGAGCUAAUUAAAACGGACCCAGAGCUUAAGUUAACUGACAAAAUUCUGCCCGUGGAGACAGAUAAGAAGCCCCAGGGGAAGCAGCUGCAGACCCGAGCAGACUACUUGCUGAAGCUGCUCAGGAAGAGUCUGGAGAAGGAGGGCACCGUGACGGGCGGGGAAGAGGCCAAAUUAAAGAAGCGGAAGCCUCGAGUGAAAAAGGAAAACAAAGCACCGAGGCUGAAGGACGAGCAUGGAAUUGAGUUUUCAUCUCCUCGACACUCAGACAAUCCAUCAGAAGAGGGAGAAGUAAAGGACGAUGGCUUAGAAAAAAGUCCAACGAAAAAGAAACAGAAGAAGAAAGAGAACAAGGAGAACAAGGAGAAGCAAAUGAGUUCUAGGAAAGACAAGGAAGGGGACAAGGAAAGGAAGAGAUCUAAAGACAAGAAAGAGAAGCCUAAAGGUGGUGAUGCCAAAUCUUCAAGUAAAUCCAAGCGCUCUCAGGGCCCUGUCCAUAUCACAGCAGGAAGCGAACCCGUCCCCAUUGGAGAGGAUGAGGAGGAUGAUCUGGACCAAGAGACAUUCAGCAUAUGUAAGGAGCGGAUGCGGCCUGUGAAGAAGGCGCUGAAGCAGCUGGACAAGCCUGACAAGGGGCUCAGCGUCCAGGAGCAGCUGGAGCACACGCGGAGCUGCCUGCUGAAGAUCGGGGACCGGAUAGCCGAGUGCCUGAAAGCUUACUCAGACCAGGAGCACACCAAGCUGUGGAGGAGGAACCUAUGGAUUUUUGUCUCCAAGUUUACAGAAUUUGAUGCUCGAAAAUUGCACAAGUUAUACAAGAUGGCUCAUAAGAAAAGAUCUCAAGAAGAAGAGGAGCAGAAGAAGAAAGAGGAUGUGAUUGGUGGUAAGAAACCAUUUCGACCAGAGGCCUCGGGUUCCAGCCGUGACUCCCUGAUGUCUCAGCCCCACACCCCGCACAACCUUCACCCGCAGAAGCCUCACUUGCCUGCCUCUCAUGGCCCACAGAUGCAUGGACACCCAAGAGACAACUACAAUCACCCCAACAAGAGACACUUCAGUAAUGCAGAUCGAGGCGACUGGCAGAGGGAAAGAAAGUUCAACUAUGGUGGUGGCAACAGCAAUCCGCCCUGGGGGAGUGACAGGCACCAUCAGUAUGAGCAGCACUGGUACAAGGACCACCAUUAUGGGGACCGGCGGCACGUGGACGCCCACCGCUCAGGGAGCUACCGCCCCAACAACCUAUCGAGAAAGAGACCGUACGACCAGUACAGCAGCGACCGAGACCACCGGGGGCACAGGGACUACUAUGACCGGCACCAUCAUGACUCCAAGCGGAGGCGAUCCGAUGAAUUUAGGCCUCAAAAUUACCACCAGCAGGAUUUCCGACGAAUGUCUGAUCACCGCCCCCCUAUGGGCUACCACGGCCAGGGGCCCUCGGACCAUCACCGCUCUUUCCACACAGACAAACUGGGGGAGUAUAAACAGCCCCUACCCCCGCUGCACCCCGCAGUCUCAGAUCCUCGCUCGCCCCCUUCUCAGAAAUCUCCUCACGAUUCCAAGUCACCCCUGGAUCAUCGGUCUCCUUUGGAGAGAUCACUAGAACAGAAAAACAACCCAGAUUAUAACUGGAAUGUUAGGAAAACAUAAAGGAACGCUUGGAAAGCAGGGGAGCGCGAGCGUCAUGAAGCACCUGGACGUCUUUGGUCUGAUCCACAGGAGCCGGUUACCCAGACCCGAGAGGGUGUUUCUGGACGCGGGGCUGCCGUCAGCCUGCUGCUGAGGGGCACUCAGAGUGUGGGGGCCUUCGGCUCAGUCCGGCUUUGAUCUGGGUCACCCCCUCCUGCACUUGGGCACCCAUCGCAUUCCGGCCUGGUCCUGGCCUCCCACUCGGAUGGGUGCCAGGAGGAAGCGGUGAUGCUUUUGUCUACCAGCUUCACGGGCUGUUUCCCAGUGAAGGCAGGAGAGGUCUUAGAGUCGUGAAUGUUUUGUUGCCCUGGACCUCAGUGCGGGGUCAGGGAAGGCACGAGUGCAUGAAGGCUGCUGGGACCCGCUGGACACACGGGGUCUGGUGCACUCUGAUGAGACGGAUGCUGCUGAUGGGGUGAGGGGACACGUGGGUGGGGUCUCGCACCACAGGACUUGCAGGGGAGCAGGUACCCCCUCAGACGUGUCCUCGGGAGAAGUGACACUCGAGCCUCUGUGUGACAGCUGUGGGGCGGGGGCGGGGGUGGGGGUGGGGAGCCGCCGCCUCCACGGCCUCUUCCCCAGCAACACUAAAUUUCCCCACACUGUGUGUCUCAGAGGUGUGCUGUCCUGCGUGGGACUCCUUUACCGCCCGCUCAUCCCAUCCCACACACCCCACCACCCCCAUCCCCCAACCCCACCCCUGUCCCCGGCCCCCCGCUAGGCAAGGUAGUGGUUCAGCGCUGCAGCGGGCAGGGGCUGGUUUGCCUGGGAGUGGCCUUGAGUGCAGGGCGGGGUGGGGCGGGGCAGGGCGGGGUGGGGCAGGGGUGCGUGGCCAGAGCUCGGGAAUCCACUUCCAGUUGGGCCCCCACACCGAGGGGUGAUGACUGGAGAGGAUGGGGAGGGAAGAGGCUUGUGCCUGGCUGGGUGCUGGCAGCACCGGGGCAGGGCGCUGGGGAGGGGGGCGGAUGGGUUUCCCAGCCUGGGGGUGGGGGGGUUGGUGGUGUGGUCCGUGCGGUGGUGGGUCACCAUCUGCAGCUCAUCUUGGUUCCCUUUGCACAACCUGAGGAAGGAGGAUUCAUGGAAUCACACAUCUGCCACUCCUGCGGUGGGUGACCAGAUACAAAUCAGUUACUCCCUGUGGUGAACAUGCUGCAUUGCUAGUUGGACAUCAUUAGAACUGAACUCAGUAUCGUUUUAGAGUGAGGUCAAGCUAAGUCUAAACCUAAGUUCAUUGUUGCCCCCAAAACUGGAAGCCUUCAAGGACAGGGUGACUGAGCUGUAGAUAGGAAGAGCUGGACUAGAGGAGGGGAUGGGAGGUAGGUUAGCUACAGCAAUUUAGCAGCCUCAGAACUCCUGGUUCUGGGGCCUUCCGUUCUGUUCACCUGAAAUAUAACUCACCAGUAUUGUUAGAGUAAUCCAAAGGCCUUUCUAGACGGAGACAGAAUAACUGACUUGAACGUGCAAGUGAGCCUGUGAGACUCCCGGCUCAGAGCUGGUGGAAACCCUUCCCUCGGUGUACACAGGGUCACACUCCCCACACUAACUGCUGCUCUACAGGGGACUCCAUGAGUCACCAUCACUCACUUGCCGGUUCCUGGGCAGCACCACUCACGCCUUUAGUGUUGCCUCACACGGUGAAGCAGGGGCGGCUCGGGGGGCUCUCGCUCUCUGCUCCCCGGAGCGUCUUUGGCUCACCUGUGACAAGGUCCUUGUGAGAGGCUGGGUCCGCACAGCUGGUGUGGGGGGCUCCGUGGGCUCAGCACCUCCUGGUCCAUUUCUUCUCCUGGUACUUGGGGUCGUUCAGCUUGGGCUUGCAGAGCGCCUGCCCGGAGCACUGCCUGGGGACCACAGCGGAGCCCCAGCCACGGUCACCCCACUGGGGCCAUGCCUGAGUGCUGUGUGGGGGAGAUGGGAAACUGCCUCUGCUCAGGUUGGGUUCCCUCCCCGCAGUACUGACACUACCCGGGCCAGAGAGGAAGGGCAGGCCGGCUUGCAGGCCCCCGAGCCAUCAACAGGCCGUGGGGUCUGCAGAGCAGGCCCCAGCUCGGCUUCCCCUGUAGGAGGUCGGGUCAUGACCCUUUGAGUUAGAGGGGCCAGGGGGAGGACUGGCGGGGCCUGCAUUUCAGAGCUCAAGGUUUUUUUUUUUUUUUCCUCUGGAGUUGUUGAUAGGAGAUGCGAGUUAUUCCCAAAGAUGUCUCAUCAUGAGGAAGAAGGAGCUUCCUUUUGUUCACAUUCAGGACUUGUAGUGCCAUAUGCUGCAGCAAAAGGCAGCAUCAGCCAGAUCAGUGUUAAAUUGAUUGCAGAAAGUACAGUAUCCUCACAAAAGCAUCUGUUUAGGUGCCGGAGUGUGUGUGCAGAGUGGGUUGGGAGAAAAAGCAUUUCCUCAUUGUCGUCAGUCAGUAUGAAUGCAGUAUGCUUCUGUCAAAACCAGAAAUUUGCACAAAUAGGAAUUAUCUCACUCGUGGAUGGGAGAACCCGCCCCCAAGUCUCUGAGGAUGGUUUUCCAUGGAGACUGGCUCUGAAGGAUGUAGUUAUUAGGUAGAGCAGGGGCCGAAGAAGAGGGGAGUUAGCGCCACUGAGAACCUGACCAGGAGCACGGAUUCACCUGUGUGCCCUCGUCUCCGCCGAGGACGCGGCAACCCCAGACUGGCCCCCCCAUCGGCUGCUGCCCCGGGCUCCCCCUCCUUUCAGCCAUUCCUUCCUCACACCCUCCGACGGGAACCCAGGACACCUCUCACGUCGUGCUGCAGACACUCGAACCUGAUACCUGAGGGCCGCAUCAGGGCGCACGCGCACGGUGCAAACGCAACCCAGUUACGAAUUCACACAGCGACGCGGAAAUCCUACAGACCAAAACCCACUCGUCAGCAGGAGCGGUGGGCCCCCGGCUCAUCUGGGGGCGGCCGUGUCGGCGAGGAGAGCCAGGCCAGGGGUCCAGGCUGCUUUAGUCCAUCUGCGCCCCACUUGGUUGGGGACGGGUGAUUUUUCUUUAUUGUAAAAUUGUGGACUUUUAAAACCUGUUGACUAAACAGUAAUUAAUUUAUAUUUGUGAAAAAUGCCACUGUCCUAGUGAUUUCUGAUGUAAAUAAUGUUGUUUAUAUAGUAUGUAUUAAAUUUUCCUACAUUGUAAAA